AUGACGUCCUGUGUGGUUUUCUUCUUCCUGGUGUCUCUAAUUUCCUCCAACACUGCUGCCCCUCCCCCCGGCGUCAAAGUGCGAAUCACAGAAUCGAAUACCAUGAAGGAUGUUGGUGUGAUGUAUUUAAAGGAGCUGGUUAACAAGCAGUUCUCGAUAGAUAAAAUAUAUUUACCAAUCAGAAGUGUGAAACUUACUGAACUACAAGUUGAUCCUGCUAAGGUGGAUUUUAAGUUUCAGGACAACAUUGGUCUCCAGAUUGAAAUCAAGGACAUGAAACUUUCUAUAGAAAUUCAACGAGAAGCAAAAGUGCCUUUCACUCAAAUCAACAUUUUUGAAGGUAUGACAACCUUAAUUGCAGAAGGCACGAGAGCCACGUUAAUAGUGAGAAUGAACCGAAACCCACAAGGACACCUAAAUGUUGACAUACCAAGAGAUAACUGCAUAAUCAACACUGAUACCAGCAGAACAACGUCCACUGGCCGUACAGGGUUUGCGUGGAACUUAUUUUACCAGUUUCUCUUCAAUCAGUUCUGCCUUGUUCUGCGGCCUAUCAUAAAUUAUAACCUGAAGGACUUGCCCAUGAUGAGGACAGUCCAUGAAGACCGCCAAUUAGACUUGGACUACUCCUUGAGCAGUGAUAUUGGAGUGACAUCGAGGAGCCUUGACAUAUCUUUCAAGGGCUUAAUGUCUGUGCAUGGGCAGGCUGUGGACACUGAUUCAAUAAGGCCAGGAAGAGAACCAGUUUUCACAGAGACUAACAAGAUGAUCUAUGUGGGCAUCUCUGAGUUCUUCUUCAAUGGGGCCGCCAUGGCAAUCUACAACUCAGGACCAUUUGAGUUUAAUGUUCCAGAGCUUGAAGGAUGGAAAAGUGGGUUAAAUCCUGGCCUGAAAGCUCUGGGAAUUAAACCGGGUAUUUGGACAGUGGAGCUGACUGAGGCUCCAAUCAUUGAAAUCAGUAAGGCUGGACCCUCUGCCACUGUGAAUUUCAAAGCACAAAAUGAAGCUCACCAAAUAAAAUUUCUUAUGAUCUGUCAAUUUAAUAUGGAUAUUGGAUUCAAAGAACGGCUCCUCAUUAUGAACAUUCAAAAACCAAAAUGUAAGGACAAAACUGGAAAGACCAACGCCGAAAUCCUGGCUGGUGUUGUUAAUGUCUUUCAUAAACCCAUAACCAAGAGGUUUGUUCCAGACAUACCCAUCCCUCUUCUUGCUGAGCUGAGCAUCAUUGAUGCAAAGACCCAGUUUGAGGAAGGCUAUCUGGUGGUGGGAGGAAGCCUGACCUUUAACCCUCAGAGCAGCAGCAAUGCUGGCAGAUAA